CUUAAUUGGAAACUUGGCAGGUCUAUUGACUCAUUUUUCUCGUUAGCUUUUCAGCUGCUACUGCUGUAAUAAACCGACAUUCUACUGUUUAACAUCAAUAAUCACCUGCUAAAUAUACCACAAAUUAACUAACAAGUAUACAAAAAGCAUCUAUCUUUCUUGGAAAAAACCAAAAAAAGAUUCCACCUUUUUGAUAAUUCCACUAAAAAAAAUUCACCUAAAAACUAGUUGAUGAACAAUUGUUUCUUUAGCUAGUAUAUUGAGUUUUAAGAAAAUGGCUUAUCAAGAAAAGACCCUUUUUAGCUUUGUUGUUGUAGGUGUGUUGUUGUUAUGUUGGGGUGUUAUUGUAGUGCAAUCUGGCAUUGGUGUUAAUUGGGGUACUAUAUCUUUACACAAAAUGUCACCUGUAACUGUUGUGGAUCUUCUUAAAGAAAACAAGAUUCAGAAAGUGAAGCUUUUUGAUGCUGAUGCAGAUGUGAUGAAGGGGUUAAUGGGGAGUGGACUUGAAGUUAUGGUUGGGAUACCUAAUGAUAUGUUGGCAAUUCUUGGUAGUUCUACUUCUGCUGCUGAUUUGUGGGUGUCUCAGAAUGUUUCUAGAUAUAUGGUUAAAGGGGGUGUUGAUAUCAAGUAUGUUGCAGUUGGUAAUGAGCCAUUUCUUACAAGUUACGCCGGUCAGUAUCAAUCAUACGUAGUCCCUGCUAUGACGAAUUUGCAACAGUCGUUAGCCAAGGCGAAUCUUGCUAGGAAUGUAAAGCUGGUAGUUCCAUGCAAUGCCGAUGCCUACGAGUCUUCCCUUCCAUCACAAGGAGCCUUCAGACCCGAAUUGACUUCGAUCAUAACACAGAUGGUUUCACUUCUGAACGCUAAUGGUUCACCGUUUGUGGUAAAUAUUUAUCCAUUCCUCAGCCUAUAUGGAAACUCGGACUUCCCUCAAGAUUAUGCUUUUUUUGAAGGGACAACACAUGCUGUGACCGACGGACCUAAUGUAUACUAUAACGCGUUUGAUGGAAAUUUGGAUACUUUAAUAGCAGCCCUCGCGAAAAUCGGGUAUGGUCAGAUGCCCAUAGUUAUAGGAGAGGUAGGUUGGCCUACCGAUGGAGCCUUCGGUGCUAAUCUUACAGCUGCAAGGGUCUUCAACCAAGGCCUUGUGAAUCAUGUUCUCAGCAACAAAGGAACUCCUCUUAGACCAGGGAUACCACCUAUGGACGUUUAUCUUUUCAGUCUUCUCGAUGAAGGUGCAAAAAGCGUGCUCCCGGGUAACUUCGAGAGACACUGGGGCAUAUUCUCUUUCGAUGGCCAGUCGAAAUAUCCAUUGAACCUCGGAAAUGGUCUGUUAAAGAAUGCAAAGGAUGUUGGGUAUCUUCCAUAUAGAUGGUGUAUCGCGAACCCUUUGAAAGAUCUCGCUGAAGUAACCAACCACGUUAAACUUGCCUGCACGUAUGCAGAUUGCACGACGCUCAACUAUGGAGGAUCGUGUAAUGGAAUUGGAGCAAAAGGUAACAUAUCGUAUGCAUUCAACAGUUACUAUCAGCUCCAAAAGCAGAAUCCGCGGAGCUGUGAUUUUGAUGGGCUCGGGAUGGUUACUUUCUUGAAUCCUUCUAUCGGAGAGUGCAGAUUUCUUGUUGGGGUUAGCGAUUACGCUUCUUCAUCAGGUUUUACGUCACAGAACAGUUGGAUAUCGUUGUUAUCGAUUAUUCUUUGGAAUGUUUGGUUAUUCUUGAUGUGAUUUGGAACUAGUAGCUGCUAUAUAACAUGAAAUUAUACUUCAUAGGUUAGGUACUAUAGUGCAAGUUAUACACGCCGUCAGUGUAAGGAAUUUUUACAUCAAGUUUCCGAUAUGGGUUCUUCGCUAGUGUAUUUUCUUUGAAAUGUUUUACUUGAGCGCUGAGUACAUUGGAAAUAACCUCGUUAUAAGGUAGAGGUAAAGUCUGUAUGCACAACAUCCUCCCUGAAUCACACGUGUGAGAUUACACCGA